AUGCAGGUGACCGGCAUCCGUCGCAGCGGCGACAAGAAGACGGACAAGUUUGGCGUGAUGGUGCGCGGCAAUGACGCGCUGGACGAGUCGAUCCGCGAGGCCGACUUUGUCGUUUCUGUGCUGCCCGGCACGGAGCACACGAGGCACUUCUUCGGCAAGGCGCUCUUUGCAAAGAUGAAGCCGAGCGCCGUCUUCAUCAACAUUGGCCGCGGCAUGUCGGUGUGCGAAGCUGACAUCAUCGAGGCUCUCAAGAGGGGCACUAUUCGCGCUGCUGCUCUCGAUGUGUUUGAGGUGGAGCCGCUUCCGAAGGACUCUCCUCUGUGGGAAUUACCUGACAGCAAGCUGCUGUUGACAGCACACUCCGCAAACUUGACGGGGGAUGUCGUGAAGCGCACCAUGAAAGUUUUCACGGAUAUCUUCGACGAGCUCAGCGCCCAUGGCACUGUUUCUGCCCACACAGUGUGCAUGGAUAAGGGCUACUAG